ACCGGGAGCUGUUCAAAGUGGUGGUGCUGAAGAGACAACUCUCCUCUCCGCUCAGUCUGCCAGACACUCGCUCUCUCGCUCUGUCGCUCGCCCGCUCUUGCUCGGUUGGUCCACGGCCAUCAGCUGGUCCAUGAACGCUGGAUUUCACCGCCUCAGAGUCCGUUCAGUAGAACUCAGAACAGGAAGAUACCGAAGAAAGAAAAACCAGCACCGUGAAGACCCCGUCUGGAGCUCACGUGGGAGAAAAUUUGACUAGUCCCUGGGGAAGCAGCAAAGCUUGAUGGCCGCCCCCUCCUGAGGUCAUUGGAGAACUUGCAAUCAUAGAUCUAACGGGAAAGGCUCUCAUCAUGGAAAUUCCCUGCCUCCACACUGUGCUCCUCCACCCCGCCUGCAAAGGCUAUAACUGCUGAGGAGGGCUACUGAGACUGAGUCAGGCUGAACUGUGAAGAUAAAAAGUCACACAAACCAUGUAGUGUACCUCUCUGCAAGGAGGGGGGAGGGUCUACAUUUGAGUCUGAUUUAUUUUCAUUUAUGUGAUCUCUGUGGGCGCUUUGUGUUUGCUUGUUUUAAGCGUGUAUGUGGGUGUGGACAGAGCUAGGGAGGAGAAAGUGACAGAGAAGAAGAAAGAGAGAGAAAAAAGAAAAAAUGGUCCUCCACAUCACUCCUUACACAAGUGCCUGUCUGCACUUCCUGGAUGGAUUAUCCUGGAGCCUGGUAUUCCCAUGUUACUGGCUCCUGGACCGGCUCCUGGCCUCGUGUGUGGCCACCUCACUGGAGAAGCGACAGCGCUCCCAGGACCCCUGCUCCUUCCUCACCCUGUGUGUCCUGAUCUCUGCGCCCCUGUACCUGCUGUUCUUCUUUAUCUCCAUGCCCUUCGCUCUGCUGGGUUUCAUCAUCUGGGCUCCUCUGCAGGCCAUACGCCAGCCUUACCUGUACACCUUCCGCAGACCAGACAAACACGAUGCUGAGCAGGGCCAGGCUGGACCCGGUGGUCUUGGGGUUGGAGAAUGGAAGCCUCAGGGGAGAAGCUUCUGUUUUAGCAGUGCCAACGUAUGCCUGCUGCCGGACGCUCUGGCUAGGUUCAACAACCUGUCAGACACCCACAGGAGAGCCCGGGAGGUGGGGAAGAGGAUCCGCAAUGGUGCCAGUCGACCUCAGAUUAAAAUCUACAUUGACUCACCGACCAACACGUCCAUCAGUGCGGCAUCCUUCAGCAGCCUCGCCACAGGUUUCCGCCGCACCUCCUCUCUGGACCAUCGUCCGGACCAGACGCACACCACCAAUGGCCCAGCAGACCAGGAACCUGAACUUUUCACCGAGUGCCCAAUUCACGCCUCAGGUGCCGCCGACUGCCCUCUUCACUCUAACUCUGCAGGAGACCAGGCCUCCUCUGAAUGCCCCCUUCACUCAGAAGGAGCAGACUGCCCCAUCCAUCCAGUAGAGACUAACGGUAGCUCAGACUGUCCUGUCCACACCUCAGGAGAGGCUUCAGACUGCCCUAUGCAUUCAACAGGGGCCCAGAAUGCCCAAAGCCAUCAUGACUGCCCCAUGCAUGGAGAAGGAGUUCAACCAAAACCGACCCCAGACUGCCCACUUCACACCUCAGGGGUUCAAAUCAGUAUCAGUGCCCCAGAGCCAGACCCCGAGGAGGAGGAGGCUGAGACAGGGAACCAUCGUACAGGGGAGCAUGCAGGGGGAGACAGCAUGACUGCCUCCAGGGAAUCCCUCUCCCGCUACCAUGGAGGCGACGGUGGCAUCGGGAUUUCCUCCAACAACACACUCUCACACGUCCCUCGCACAUCAGUCUUUAAGCGCCCUGGACGCAAACGCCGCCAUGGAGAUGAAACAUUCGACCACGAAAUCUCUGCCUUUUUUCCUGCCAAUUUGGAUUUCCUGGCUCUACAGGAAGUGUUCGACCACGGAGCGGUAACCAGACUGAGGCGACAGCUGCAUCGUUAUUUCCCCUAUGUGCUGAGCGAUGUCGGGCGGUACGGCUGGAAAGGCUGCUGCUCAAGGUUCAAAUUCCUGAACAGUGGGCUGAUGCUGGCCAGCCGAUACCCGAUCCUGGACGCACGGUACGAGUGCUACCCCAACGGGAGAGGGGAGGACGCACUCGCAGCCAAGGGGGUGCUAUUUGCCAAGGUUCACGUGGGCACCUCCCAUCAGGAGCAAAGGGUUGUGGGAUACCUCACGAGUACACACCUCCACGCCAUAGAAGGUGAUGCAUCUAUACGCUGUGAGCAGCUCGACCUGCUGCUCCAGUGGGGGGCUGAGUUCCGCCAAUCCUCAUCCCAACCACCUGAGGGAGAGAAGGUGCUGGAAGACCUGGUGGCCUUUGAUGUCAUCCUGGGAGACCUCAACUUUGAUAACUGCUCCUCGGAGGACAAGCUGGAGCAGCAGCAUGCACUUUUUACUCAAUACAAGGACCCAUGUCGCCUGGGGCCAGGGGAGGACAAACCAUGGGCUCUGGGUACUUUGUUUGAUCCCAGUGGCCUUUAUGACGACGAGGUCCGUUCACCUGAAAGUUUACAAAAAGUGAUGGAGAAUGAGGAGGCAAGGAAGGAGUACCUGGUGUUCCCUCCCAGUAAAAGCCAGUGUCCUGCCAGCAGUCAGAAAGGGAGGAAGAUCCCGCUGAAGGGUAACGGACGUAGGAUCGACUACAUCCUCUACAGUGACGAGCACCUGCAGCAGGACUGGAAGCAGGAAGUCGAGGAGUUCAGCUUCGUCACCCAGCUGGCUGGCAUCACUGACCACCUCUCUGUGGCCAUGCGACUGGCCGUCUGCACCGGGGAAGAGGAGCCUUAGAGUGACACCCAGAGCUUUGUUUUUAAAUACUGCCAUGGAGGAAUGACAGGGAACCAGGAGGAGAAGAAGGGAUCAACUGUUUACAGAUCGGGAGCUGCAUGGGACGGACAAAAUGCAGAUCUGCAAGGAGACUGAAGGGUCAGCGAAAUGGAGAGAUGAAUCAUGGGAGGAGGGCUUUGUGGACUAAUGAAUAUAAAGAAGGUAAAGGAGAGCAGCAGAGGAGGAGUGAUGUGAAAGAGACAGACUCUGAGGGGAGAGAUACGUUUAAAGAGCCAGACAGGUAUUCAAUGUGAUGGGUAAACCAACCCAACACACACAGACACACACACAACCUAACACACAAACACAAUCUAUGGACAGUUUGACUGUUGAACGUGGCCUCUCCUCGCUCCUCCUCACACACUGCUGGACUGACUCCAGAGGGUUUAUUUACAGUGAAUUGUUUCAUGUAGCCGUUUCACACUCACUCCUUUCAUUGAGUUUGUUUUUUGUCAUAGUAGAGUUAGUUUGAUUUUUUAUGAUUCUACCUUCAGGGACAGUUGACCCCUCAUUCUUCGAUGUAGACCAAGGAUCAUCUAAAUGAGGAGAGUGACGCAGACACGCCGGUGGACAGGCCUUUAAACUGGCCUUUACACUGACCACACGUGUCCUUGUGUUGUGCUCCUCCCUGAAAGGCCAUCAGUCAGCUCUGCCGUCAGUCACUCACCUUGCUACGCUCACAUCAGUCCCAGGAAUCUCAACAAGUGUCUUUUUUUCUAAAGAAAAUCAAACAGACUUUCUAAAGGAGAAAAUAAUAUGAUACAAUUUCUAUUGUUGCCACACCACUUUUUCUAAGGAGUUGAAAUGCCUGUUUAAUAUUAUAUGUAGUAUGUUUCUAAUAAUAGCUAUUGUAUAAAGAGAUAUGAAGUUGGAGAAAAGUUGUUUGUUUGAUGCAAUGCAAUGCUUAUAGCAUGUUUUUCAGCCAUGACUGUUGUUAAUUAGUGACGUCCUUGGUGAACUAGAGGGAACGGAAGAUUUGCUGAUGCAUGAUGGGAUACGGUACCAGUUUACAACAUUAAUAUAGCAGCUUAAUACUCCUUCUUGCUUGAGUCUGGCUGCCUUUUGCCCUAAAACACACACACACUGACUAUUUGCCAGUGACACAACUGUGCAUGUGAGACUUUACCAUGCUACUCACACUAAACACACAUUCAGAAACAUGCAGAGGGUUUAAACAGAGCAGCAUUUACACACCAGGUGAUGUAUGAUCAUACUGGAGGAGCUCUUAUAAGAGAACUGGACUAACUCUGAGGGAGAAGUAUUGAUAGCUUGUGAGUGAACAAGCCACUGUAGCUUAAUGGUUAGCAAGUAGUCACUGUCUUGUCAGCAUGUCAGAUUAGCGCACACUCUCUAUGACAUGCCAAGUUCUCAACACAUUAGAAGCAGCAGGUAAUAAGUUCAGACACCCUGAGUGAACUAACAAGACUGACAGGGGGCUUCACAGCUGCAGGUGUCAGACUGGAAACACAAACCAAAUAUAAGACGUGGGGAACAAAUUCACUCCCCCAUGAAGCACACAACAUGUGGUACAGAGCAUCCGCCUCAGUAAUAUAGAUCCAGACAUUAAAAUGACGAACACAAGAAAAGACAAAGAAGAAGAUCUGUAGGAGUUUAAAGGAAAACAAACCUGGGUGAUGUUUUGGGAUACAUUAUGUACUGUAAACCUUUUGCUAGAUAGAGCUAAUGCCCCUGCAGUUUCUUUGUAUUCAAUAUAAACACAACUUUUGAGAGUGUGCUUCACUUCUUUGUAGACCUAAAGCAUGGUGACAACAAGCCAACAAUAAGUCACUUAAAGGCAGAUAACUCAUGAAGCAAUGGACAGAAGAUCUUUGAAAACGUGUUUACUUUGUCUCAUUUUCAGACUUCAACAGAUUCAUUUAGAGACACACAGGUACACAGAUAUGCAUCCUGCUCAUUUUUAGUGCUAGCGUUUUCUAAAAACACAGAUCGGCCUAACUCUGCUCUGAAUGAUAACAUCAACAAACUCUCUGACCGACUGCAAUUAUGGAAGCACCAAGUGCACAUGCAGCCAUACAUUUAUUUAACUGUGUUGUACUGUGAUUAUUUAACGUGAUAUUUCGAGAUAACACCAUCAGUUCUCCCAUGAUCAGGAGUUAAAUUCAGUUCAGAUGUUUUCUGGAGAUCUUGACUUAUUUCCCUUGUUAUCUUAUCCAGCUUGUGUUUUUUAUUUUUUAUUAAAUGGUAUCAUUUUCUGGUGACCUAGAUCAGCGGCUCCCAAAGUCAGGGUUGCGAGACACAGAUGGGGGGAUGCAAAGUGCCUUCCAAAAAAACAGUAAAAACUCAGAAUGAACUGAAGUUGCAUAUUUCACCCUGUGCUGUAAAAAUAGGAACAUAAGUUGUCCCUAAAUUUGAGGUAAAAGCAUGUAAAUAAAAGACAUCAUCAAUUUUCCUCUGGACUUUGUUGCUACAUGACCCCUGAGGAAGCUGCUCUACCUUUACAAAGAAAUAUGUCAGUGUUUGGAUUGGCCUGAUUGGAGAGCGACGUGUAACCACCCAAGGACAGUCAGGGUCUCCAGUCUCUGGCGCUGUUAUUUCAGGGGCCACCGGCUGAAAUGUUUGGGAGCCUGUGAGCUAGAUAACAAAAGGAAUGGUUGACCCCACAAGCCAUGUUGGUUAACGUUUUAAAAAAGUGCACGUAAAUUAAAAUGUAUUGAUGCAUGUCUGCUUCGGGCCUCUGUUUUAAAAACUUUUAAAAAAUGUUGCCCAUCAACAAGUCAACACCUCUGUUGAUUUACAACCAGGGCGUCUGCCUAUCGGCCUCGGUGCUUCACAGUCACGUCAGCACAGUAAUACUCCUCCUGAAUCAGAGCUCAGCACAGAUGAGAAUCUAUCAAAACCCAAAUCCCAUUCUCCUCUCUGUUGUUACUCAGCAUGAGAAUACACAACAACACACACACUGUUCUACUUUUAAACCCUCCUGUCCAUGUUUGACCAUAACGUGACAUGUAUAGGAUGCAGGGUUUAUGUUAACCGUAAAUCUGAUUUGUCCACUUUACUUCUGUUUGCUCCUGGGCAACAGUAGAAGCUGUGGAUGCACAAUUAUCUAGUAAAUCAUGUAAUUUACUUAAAAUUGAAUGACCAGUCUGCAACAGACCCGAUUCAGACCCUGGUGUAAAACAGGCUCUGCUGAAACGUUCCUGGUGUCCCCUGCUGAUCGUUGGCCGCGUUGCUCACUGUGAUGCUAUUAUAAGUGACAGGCCAUUACCUCAAAUUUAGAAAGAAACAUGCAGGCAGGUCUGAAUCCAAACUCUCAGUGAUUCUAAAUGAGAAACAGCCAGGUAUAGUUCUGUUUUGAAACAGUAGGUACAGUGACUUUGUUGGCUUGUGUUUUUUGCUUUAAGCGGUCAUACAAAACAGCAACUAAGGUGACAGACGUCAAGUUUAUUUCUACUGACUUCAACUGUAAUGAUUCAUUUCAGGAAAUGAGUUGGGUUUUUUAUACUAAUGUGUCACCAGGAACUCCAGAUAGAUCACUUGCCGAGCUGGAAACAUGCGGAACUUGCUCGUGUACUCACAGUCAACAUUGGAUUACUACCUAAACAAGCUUUACAUGAAUUCAGGUGACUUGUGUAAAAUCCCCAAAUGAAGAAGCCUGUCUGUCUGGAUGAAACAUGCAGGAGUCGGGCUAACUUUUAAAUCCUGUUUGAUUUCCACAGUCUGCACACAAAACAAUGUUUACAACCGUUUACAUCUGACGGCCAGUUUAAUCUCAUUCUGUAUACGUUUGUAUGUUUGGGCAACUCACUAUGUGAUGUGUUUUUAAUUACAUGUGUGCUGUUUGGUGUUCCUCUAAACACACAGUAAGGUAACACGAUGGAUGGUACUGAUGGGUCUGUUUCAGGAGGUAUGGCUGAGUGAGUGCAGGACGUACACACUGUUAUAAUGUUUACCUGUCUCACCUGCUGCUUGAAGCUGCUCUGUCUCUGACACACACACAUUUUCUUCUGGCUCAAACAUUCUUCAUUUUACCAAGAGGUGUAUCUGUCAUGAUUAAACAAAUUACAAGUA